AUGGACGGGCCAGCCCCGGAAGAGGACUUUUCCUCGAUACCCUUAUCCGACCGACUCGUGCACAAGAACUGGAAAGCACGCGUUAAUGCGUACGAAGCGCUCGUCAAGGCAUUCCAGGCCUCCGCAUCCGACGAGGAUCCGGUCUUCAAGCCAUACGUCGGGAAUAGUGAUUUGCUCAAGAAGAUAGCGACGGACUCGAAUGUUGUCGCGCAGGAGAAGGGGCUGGAGUGUCUAGUGGCACUCUUGAAGUUCGCUGGGGAGACUGCUGCGCGGACGCGCGAAACCGUCGUACCGGCACUCGUGGAGAAGGCGUUCGGUUCAACACGUGCGGGGACGAAGGCGCAGGCGACUGAGCUCGCUCUGCUGUAUGUGGAGAUGGAGAACGCGGGAGCUGGGGUCGUGGCGGAUAUAUUACCUGGCUUAAGUGCGAAGCAGCCCAAAGCGAUCGCAGGAUGCAUCGUUGCGUUGAGGGAGAUCAUACGAUGCUUUGGUGUACAGGUUGCACCACCCCAGCCAAUCAUGAAGGCAUUACCAAAGAUGUUCGGCCAUUCAGACAAGACGGUGCGCGCUGAAGGGCAAGCUCUCGUGCAUGUGCUAUACCAAUAUAUCGGUGCUGGCAUCGAGCCCGCUCUCGCCGAUCUCAAGCCAGUGCAGGUCAAGGAACUGCACGAGGCAUUCGAAGCGAUGGAGAAAGAUGGGAAGGGCAAGGGUACCCUGAAGCCGGAGCGAAUGACGCGUGCGCAGGCGCGCGAGGCGGAAGCUGCGGCUGAAGCGGGCGAGGAGGCACCAGAAGCCGAAGACGAAGCAGCUGCUGCCCUAGACGAUCCUCGCGCGUUUGCAGAAAUCGUCGAUAUUGGCCCCAAGCUUCCACCGUCAUGGCAGGGUCCCCUAGCGUCUUCCAAGUGGAAGGAACGGAAGGAAGCCCUGGACGCAAUGGCGGAGUUAUUCGGUGCAACUCCUCGCAUCAAGGACACGGCCGAGAUUGGUGACAUCGCCAAGGCGUUGGCAUUGCGCAUACAAUCCGACGCCAACGUCGCCUGUGUGCAGACCGCUGCCGCUGCGAUGGAACACCUCGCAAAGGGCGUCAUGGCACCGUUCGGUCGAUAUAGGGAGCAAAUUGUACCUCCUAUGAUCGAGCGCUUGAAGGAGAGGAAAGCCAGCGUAACAGACGCUAUAGGCGCCGCCCUCGACGCAGUCUUUUCCACAACGACCUUGCCCGACAUCAUCCCCGACUUGCAAGCGGGACUCACUCACAAGAAUCCUCAAGUCAAGGAAGGCACCUUGAAGUUCCUCAACCGCUCUCUAUCGACAGCGACAACGCCCAUCCAGUCAGCACAAAUCAAACCCCUCGCAGAAACUCUCGCCACCUUGAUGGAGGACAGCUUUGCUGGUGCACGAGACGAAGCAGCUAUGUGCUGUGGUACCCUGAUGAAGAUGGUCGGCGAGCGGCCCCUCAAUCCUGUCAUGGAUGGCAUGGCGGACGUCAGGAAGGCGAAGGUUAAAGAAGCUUUCGAGAAGGCGACGGUGAAGUGUAAGGCUGGCGGUGGUCCGCCCAAACCACCUCCCGCCGCUGCGCCGGCUGCUGCACCAAAGAAGAAAGUCGCUGCCAAACCCCCUCCACCGAAGGCUGCAUCACCUCCACCCGAAGAUGAGGCACCGCCACCACCCAAGAAGGUUGCGAAGCCACCAGCACGACUCAUGAAACCUGCUGCCGCUGGAGGAGACUCCGCCCCACCAUCAGCCGCUCCUCCUGUCAAGAAGGCGCCUCCCGCUGCUGCCGCGAAGUCGUCGAAGCCUCCUCCACCAGCACCGGCAGGCCCUCUUGACACCUUCAAGUAUAAGCACACCCCGGAGGACGCCGAAGCCCUGGCUGCCGACAUGAUCCCCUCCGAACUACUCACCAACUUCGCCGACUCCAACUGGAAGACACGUAUUGUCGCCCUUGAGGAGAUGGACUCGUGGCUCAAUGGCGCUAUAGAAGACCUCGAUGCGGAAGUACUAGUGCGAGCUCUGGUGAAGAAGGGCUGGUCGGAGAAGAAUUUCCAGGUCUCGGCUAAGAUGUUCGGCAUUUUCACUCGUCUGUCGGAGCAGUGUCCGUCUUUUGGUCGCUCUUGCGUUGCUUUGUGCACCGGUGGAAUGGCGGAGAAGCUCGGCGAUAUGAAGCUGAAGAAGCCAGCUGGCGACGGUCUGAUAGCGUUCGCUGAAAAGACAUCACUACAAUUCGUGCUGAACCAAGCAUACGAACCAUUGUCGAAGCAGAAGGCUCCCAAAGUCCUCGCAGACGCUAUUGCAUGGAUCAGCACCGCGUUGACGGAAUUCGGUAUCGCUGGAAUAUCGUUGCGUAGUCUCAUCGACUUCCUGAAGACCGGGCUCAGCAACUCGAAUGCCGCGGUGCGUACGAGCGCUACCAAGACCAUCGUAACCGUCAAGUUGUUCGCCGGCGCAAGUAUUAAGGACCUUCUCGAGGAUCUGAACCCGCAACUGCUGAACACCAUCACCGCCGAGUUCGACAAAGCUGAGGGCACGCCUGCGCCGGAACCCACAAGGACCUCUAACGAUGUAGCCCAAAUGGCCACAACGUCGUCUGGAGGAGGGAAAGGUGGCGCCGCCGUUCCCGAUGCACUCGACGAUCUGUUCCCUCGCGUGGAAUUGGACGGGUUGCUGAAGGGCACCACUAUCCUCGCCGACGCGAAGGCGGAUGCUUGGAAGGUGAAGAAGGAAGCUCUUGAGGGCUUGCAAGCCAUCUUGGAUCAAGGGUCCAACAAACGCUUGAAGGGCAACAUGGGCGAGAUCGGCUCCGUGCUGAAGGCGAGGGUGAACGAUAGCAAUAAGCCCGUGCAAUCACUCGCAUUGGACAUCGUCGCGCGCAUUGCGACAGGAAUGGGCAAGCCCUUUGAGAAGCACUGCCGUCUCUUCGUGCAGCCCGUUUGCACUGUUCUCUCCGACCAGAAAGCCCCAACCCGCGCCGCAGCCCUUGCUACCUUGACGGCAAUAGCAAACGCAUGCGAGAGCAUCGACCCAUUGGUACCUGGCAUCGCUUCCGCUCUGGAGACGCCCAAUCCUCUGCAGAAGGGUACCCUCCUCCAUUGGCUGGUCGAUUGGUUCAAGGAGCAUGAGCCCUCGCCUUCCCUCGACCUCAGCGCAUGGACAAGUUCUAUCGUAGUCUCCCUGGACGACAGGAAUGCGGAGGUUCGCAAGGGCGCACAAGCAAUGCUGCCCGCCUUGAUCGCUGGCGCCGGGUUCGACCAUGUCUUGCAUGCAACCAACGCUCUCAAGCCUGCCUCUCGCACGUCUGCGGUGCCGCUGAUCAACGCCGCUCGCCCUGCUGCAGCUGCCGCUGCGCCAGCGCCAGCACCCGCCAAGGCGGCCCCGAAGAGCAAAGCAGUGCCUGUACCGGCGGCGAAGCACGUCAGCCCUCCUCCAUCGCCUCCUCCCGCAGCCGCACCAGCGCCUCCGAAGACUACGACUCGUCUUGGCGGUGUAGGUGUGCGACGAAAGCUGCCUACAGGCACUUCUAGGCCCGAGUCUCGCGCGGAAACACCAGUCGAACAGACUAUGUCUUCAUCUCGUCUACCUGGGAAACCCGGUCUUGGACUCAAGCGUCCAGGUGCCGCGCGCCCCUCUGUCGCUACUCCGCCCCCCUCAGCAGCAUUGCCGUUCCACGGAACCAACCUUGAUGCGAAGAAAACUCGUCUAGGGCGGGACGCAUCGCGGUGGAUUAACGAGGGAGGUCCUACGCGCAAGGACCUGGCGGAACUGCUUCAAGGCCAGAUGGAGCCUCACGCAUCGAAGGACCUCAUAGCGAAGCUCUUCAGCCACGACCACAACGCCGUGAACGACCAUAUGCAGGGCCUCGGGAUGAUCUGCGAGCUGUACAAUUCCGCGAGCAACGGCAACGACGCGGCUGAGAUCAUCUGUCUCGCCAACAUCGACCUUCCCUUGAAAUAUGUAUCUAUCAAGAUCCACGAGCCUCAGCCGAACCUCAUUUCCAAGUGUCUCGACGCCGUGGACGCCAUUAUGGCCUUCAUGAGGCAUGUGAGCUACGAGCUGUCGGAUGCGGAGGCGAUCUGCUUCUUGCCAACCCUUGUGUACAAGCUCGGGGAUGCUCGGGAACAAGUUCGCUCGCGCGUGCAGCAUGUCAUCCAGGCGUCUUUGUUGUUCUACCCCUACAGCCGCGUCUUCCAGAUACUACUCGAUCACGGUCUCAAGUCGAAGGUCGCAAAAGCGCGGCAAGGCGCUUUGGACGAGAUGGCUAACAUCGUCACGAAGUCCGGCAUGGGUGCGAUGGAGCCUCACAAGGCAUGCCCUACGAUCGCUAGCAUGAUCUCCGACAAGGACUCCAACGUUCGCAAAUCUGCGCUGACAGUCCUGAGCGAGGUCUAUGCUCUCGUCGGCGAGAAGGUCUGGCAAUAUGUAGGACCGUUGUCUCCCAAGGAUAAGACGCAGCUGGAAGAACGUCUUAGGCGUGUUGCUGGUCCUAGCAAUCACGAGAAGCCGGAGCCGGAAGCGCCCACCAACCCGAAGAUCUCGAGACUUGCUGGCGCUGGUGGCAUUCCACGAUCUGCAUCCCCAUCUUUGGGUCCGUCUGCACGAACACGCCUGGGAAGCAUAGCAAGAGCCCCCAGCCCUUCAAACCCACCAUCGUCGCGAUUGACGCGGCCUGCAUCUCCCGUGUCUGCGGGACCUCGUUCUGCUUCUCCGGCACCCAGUGUCUCGAAGGCGACGCCAACGUCGCCAAGUGGCAUUGGGCGGCCAAAGAGCUUGCUCCCCGGGCCCUCUCGAUUCGGCAGACCACGGACGAACCUGCCAUCAUAUGCGAAGCCGACGAUGCCAGAGGAGGCUCCACCACGAAGUUCGUACACCCGGGAACCAGAACCAGAGCCUGAACCAGAGUACGAGCCGGAGCCGGAGCCUCGAGCUACACAUAUGCGGACACGGACGAUGAGCAUGGGCAACGGCGGAGCGGAGGAUAUCACUAUCACCAUCUCCAGCAUCCUCAGCAGCGACCCUUCGCGGAGCGUAGACGCACUGAAGAAGAUACAGAAGAUCCUCUCCGUCGGACCUGAGGCCGGCUCUUCCUCUCCCCAGUAUCAGGACCUCGCAGAGCACACUGAGGGCCUCAUCGAGACGAUCACGCUGCAGAUGGCGCACGUCUUCGAGCGCCAAGACGAACUCAUUCUCGACGAGAACUUCCGGUUGGCAAAGCACCUGAUCCAAACGCUGAACAACUUCUGCGACCACUCGUAUCUGGCGGAGUCGCUCACGGUCGAUAUCUUGACGUCACUGCUGGAGGAGUUAACGUUGCGGCUGCUGGAGACGGACGACAGUCAGACGAAGAAAGUCAAGGAUUUGUCGCGCUUCAUCAACAUGAUCAUCUUGCGCCUGUUCGCUACUGGCCGGAGGAUGUCGAUAUUCAGGGCUCUCUUUGCACUACUCCUACGCAUCGUCAAGCCUUUCCCGAGCAACGGUACAGCGCCUGGUUCGAAGGAAGCGCGCGUCGCCGAGCUUGUCCUCAAGUGCGUAUGGAAACUUGCACGAAAUAUCCCGCAGGACUUGACGGACGAGGCCCUGGAUCCGGUCGAGCUCUUCCCUGCCAUCGAGCACUUCUUGCAGACAGUGCCUCCGAACGAAUGGCGAGCUCGGGCGACGAACAAGGUGCCGUGCGGCGACAUGCCCUUGCGCACGAUCAAAGUGAUCAUUCAACACGUCGUUGCGCACUACGGCGACGACGUGUAUGAUCUGCUGUCAACGGCCUUCGACGACCCCUCAGCUACCAUCGUCUACCCAUACGUAUACCGAAUCCUUAACUCGGCGUCUCGGGCAGCGGCGGCAGCGGAGAACGGCGGAGGUGGCGGCAGUCGCGCCCGGAGCACCACCCAAACGACGGACUCAAUGCACUCCAUGCCACGAUCUUCCUCUCCCGCCUCCAGCCGCCCCGUCUCGCCUCCUGAAUCCACCUCCGCCACCUCCCAGCAUCACGGCCGUUCCUCUCACCGCACCAGCCCGAGCUUGUCCUCCGCGCAUGGCAACGGCAACGGCUACCUCCCCCCGCCUGUCGAAGAGCCGGACCCCGAUCAGCAGCUCCUCACAAUCAUCGGCCACAUCUCGAGCGAGACGACGGGCGCGCUGCAUAAGGAGGGCAUCACGGAGCUGCACCACUUCUUGAAGGCCUACCCGCACAAGCGGCCGAGGGUGGACAAGAUGCUGGAGGCGACGGGCCCGGCGUUCAGGAAGUACAUCACGCGGGCGCUCGCGAGUCGCGCGGCGGAGGACCAGGAGAGGGAGGUAGCGGUGCAGGAUACGUUGUCGACCAACAGCUACCGCGAGCCCGACCAGCCGCCGCAGUCGCCGGUGCGGUCCGCGACGCCUCAGUCGCCGCGCUCGCCGGUGCGUCCCCAUGGGGGAUCGUCGGACGUGCACGGCUCGCAGGACAAGCUCUCGCGGCUGCACGAUAUCUUCCAGUACCGCUCCAGCACGCACAGUAACGGCUCGUCGCAUGGACGUGCUACGCCUAGGACGUCCCUGGGUUGA